AUGGCACUCAAUAAGGACAUGCAUCCCAGGAAUCCUUAUAAGGAUAAACCACCGGACUUUAAAGCAUUAGCUUUAGAAUUUCCUGAAUUUCGGAAGCAUUGCAAGCUCGUGAGCAAUGGCAAAGUGAUUAUGAACUUCCAAGAUGAUGCUGCUGUUAGAUGUCUUACUCAAACAUUAUUAAAGAAGGAUUUCGGUUUAGAGGUUGAAUUACCCAUUGGAACCCUUGUUCCGCGAAUUCCAUCGCGAUUGAAUUAUAUAUUGGCUCUAGAAGAUUUACUAAAAUUGAAUAAAUUAGACAGAGACGUUUUAGGGAUUGACAUUGGAACCGGUGCUUCUUGUAUUUAUGCGUUGUUGGGGGCAAAAAAAUUCGGAUGGAAAUUCGUCGCGACUGAUGGAGAUGCAAAAUCUGUAGAUACUGCCCAUCGAAAUGUUGCAAAUAACAAACUAUCAGCUCAAAUCUGUGUGGCUCUUGUUGAUCCCACUGCGAAAACGAUUCUCAUGGAUAUCGUGAACGAACUUGGCGACAACAAAGUAUUCACGUUUUGUAUGUGCAAUCCGCCAUUCUUUGAGUACAACGAGACGAAUCAUAAAUUCUGUGCAGAACCAUCUUUGGGAGGAGAGAAAUACUCAAAUAGGGUUAUUCUUGAUGAGCGAUCUGCUCCACAUUCGACGACAUACGCAUCGUCGGCCGAAUUGGAAGUUGAAGGUGGAGAAGUCCAAUUCGUGAAUCGAAUUAUCGACGACAGCAUUAUAUUGCGCGACAGAAUAAAACUAUAUACUUCAUUGCUGGGGAGAAAACAGAGCAUCAGACCACUAAAGCGACGAUUAGAAAGGCUUGGAGAUGAUGUGAAACUGAGUGUUUCGACAAUAAAUCAAGGGAAGACACAACGAUGGGUCAUUGCGUGGACAUUUUCCAAAGAUGUUGUAUUAGCAUCAACGGAAAGAAAAAUUUUGUUGAAUUGUCCGAAGCCUGGACUUCUUCGAUUAGAAGAACAAAUGAAAGCAUUGGAGGCGAAAUUAAAAAAAGAAAACGAAACUUCGAUAAUAUUCGAAUGUCGAACUGUUACGUGGACUCAUCAAAGAGCAAGAAAAAGAGCCGAAGCUCGUUUGGCCGCUGAUUGUAAUUAUUUGAAUUCUAUAAAACGUCAAAAAUUGCAAUUCAAUGAUGUGGGCUGUCAAAUCUUUUUGGGUGUUGGAGACGGCAAAGAUUCUCUCAGCGACAGUGGCAAUUUCGUAUUGUGUGAAAUGGAAAACUCUGAAACUCCCAAUAAAGUCAAUACCAUCGUUCAGGCGUAUUUUCCACUUCCAACUGACGGAAUGACUUAUCAAGGAAUCAGAUUCCGCGCUACUCUUAACAGUUCAAAUGCAAACGAAGACGAAAUCAAUUUUGAACUACUAAAUGGUCCCAAGCAUUUGAUACAUCAACUCUUACAACAUCUCCGAAAUGUAUUUUCUAAGAAAAAUGUAAUAUAA